AUGGCGGACGAUGACGGCCGCGAGGAGCCCAACUCCUUCGUCAAGCUCCCGGACCCGAGCGCCGGCGCGUUCGCCGACCCGGGGUUUCGCGCGCAGCUUCAGAAGUGGGACCUGGCUCGCAACUCGCGGAUGUGCCGCUUUCGGUACACGAGGCCGUUCCAUCGGCGAAGCCCCGGCGCGUUCCUCCGCGACCUGUUCGACUCCGACGCCGGGCGUGCGCACCUGAGGCGCGUGAACGCCGAGGGCGAGUGGGUGGCCAUCCUGCCCGAGGGUAAAUGCGAGGAGGUGAGGCACCGCAUCGUCCCGUGCGCGGCGACGUCCAUGACCCACUUCGAUCGCCUGUACGAAGCGGCGAGGCCGCCCAUCGUCCGCGAGGGCACGCAGCUCCUGAUGAAGAGGGUCGACGAGGUGAUGGACGGGUUCACCGUCACGGACAGGCUUCGCGAGUUCAUCCUCACCGCGAACGGCGACGGUGAGGACUACGACCCGUACGCCAUCGACGACGACGACGACGACAGAUCGGGCGAGUCAAACUACGGCGAGCUCAUGACGACGGAGCAGAGGGACGAGUUCCUGUUCAGGGUGUUCGCCCACCUGGCGCUCGGGGGGUCCAUGUGCCAGUACGAGGAGCGCAUGGACGCGUACACGGAGGCGGCGAAGAGGGCGUACAAGUCGCUGGUGGUUGCGAGGCGCGACAGGGCAUCGGGGGAGGACGGCGUGGCGGUGGCUUCAGACGUGUACCGGGUAGACGGAUUCAUCGCGGCGGGGCGCGAGGACGACGACACAGCUGGCGGCGACUCGCUCUUCCCCGGGCGGAGCGUGCAGAACUUCUGCUACGUCGUGGUGGACCCGAGGAAGAGGCACGCGACGGUGUGGUACCACGCGUACCGGCCGUACUGGUAG